AUGGCGGGGCACGAGGCCGCGCGGGACGGCGCGGAGGACGAGGAGGCGCAGACCGAGCCCGUCAGCAACGGUGGCGGCCCCGAGGGCGGGCCGGGCGCGGGCCCGGGGCAGGAGCUGGUGGAGCUGCGGAUCAUCUGGAACAAGACCAAGUACGACGUGCGCUUCCCGCUGGACGGCUCGGGCGCGGCGCUCAAGCAGCAGAUCCAGGCGCUCACAGGCCUGCCGCCCGCCAUGCAGAAGGUCAUGUUCAAGGGGCUGGUGCCCGAGGACAAGACGUUGCGCGAGAUCAAGGUGACCAACGGUGCCAAGAUCAUGGUGGUAGGCUCCACUAUCAACGAUGUGCUGGCCGUCAACACGCCCAAGGAGGCUGCGCAGCCGGAGGUCAAAGCCGAGGAGAGCAAGAAGGAGCCACUCUGCCGGCAGAAGCAACACAGAAAAGUACUGGACAAAGGAAAACCUGAUGACGUGAUGCCUUCUGUUAAAGGUGUUCAGGAACGUCUUCCAACAGUGCCCUUAUCUGGCAUGUACAAUAAGUCAGGGGGAAAAGUGAGACUGACCUUUAAACUAGAGCAGGAUCAGCUAUGGAUUGGCACGAAAGAGAGAACAGAAAAAUUACCCAUGGGAUCUAUUAAAAAUGUGGUGAGUGAACCUAUUGAGGGACAUGAGGAUUAUCACAUGAUGGCAUUUCAGCUGGGCCCUACAGAAGCAUCUUACUACUGGGUCUAUUGGGUACCUACUCAAUAUGUUGAUGCAAUCAAAGACACGGUGCUGGGGAAAUGGCAGUAUUUUUGAAAGCACGCUCACCUCUGGCACAGGAGACUGACACAAACUAAGGACACUGCUGGGAGAGGCCUCCAACGUCCCUGGAUGUGAUAAUCCUGGAACUUAUUAAUAAAAUGUGAUCUAUCGAGGCAUUGACAGAAGCCAGAGGUGAUGUUCUUUCACCAUUAGUUUACUUUUAACUUAAAAAUUUCAGCAUCCCUUUUCUGCAGUCAGCUUCAACCGUAUUUAAAGGAAAUACAAUGGAAAUCAAUAAAUCUUAAUUCACAACAUAAUGUGUGUAAUACACUUAAAUCUGCUGAGAGUAGAUCUUCCAAUUUAGUUUUUGAAAGGAAAUAUUACAAUGUACCGUUGAGGAUUUUUUACAUGAUUUGAACAAAAACUAUUUUCAUAAUCUUUCAGUUACAAGCAUUAGACUCUACUUAUUUGGUUGUGACUGUUUGAGAAACAGGUUUUUGGGGUUUUUUGUUGUUUUGGUUUUUUUAAAUAAACUUUAACUAGUAUGCAAACUUGGGGUUUAGUAAGCCAUAUUCUGCUGGCCCUUUUAUUUCAGAUUUGCUUUUUUUGGUAGCAACAUUCUGAAGUUUUGGGUUUUUUUAAAACCCAAAGAUGCCCUGCUUCUGCUUCUCCACUAGCAGCUCUGGCUUUAUAUGUGCAGUGUUUGUAUAUGGGGAGCAGGAAGAUGCCACUGUGGACUUUCUAUAGCCAAGAUGGCCCAGUGCUGCUUAUUGUCCCAUUUCAUGCUGUUUUCAGCCAUUCUGUGUUGCCUGCGCACCCCUCUGCCCUUUUUCUGCCCCCUGCGGAGAGAUGCUGUUUUUAGGAGCAUCUCUGCCUUGUAUGUUGUUGUCCAGAAUCAUUUUGCAGCCAUGUUGUCAACACUAACCUAUGUGAAAAUAAAUCAGUUCACAACCAGCCAACCUGGAAUAUUACCUGCUAAACUUUUGGAGCCAGUGCACUGCAGUAAUGACCAAGAUAAUACUACUAAAGGAAGUGAACCAAAGGCAUCUUCCUAUUAGUUGUUGGGAUUAUGUGGCCAAGAUGCCACUUUUUCUAGAUGCAGCAUAAAUGGGUAGUCUUGUACAAUUUGGAUUUGCAGAGUACUAGAUCUUUAUAUCAGCAAUGCUUGUGAAGUGUGGGAUACAUGCCCAAAAACUGAUCCUUGUCUCUGAAGGGUAAAGAUGGUACGGUUACAUUUCAGCUGAUAUUUUAUCAAGUUUUCAGCAGAUUCCACUGGCUCUCUAACCUCUUUCUAUCUGAAAUAAUGUUCCUGGUCUAUGGCUUGUGACAUUUUGCCUGUCAGCUCUGCAGUUGAAGUGCCAUUUAUCUCAGGUUUUCUGAAUGGACCUUUCAGUCCUGAAAAAAGGUGCACGCACUUAAUAGACUGUAUUGCAUGGUAAGGCUGAAUUAAGUCUUGCUGUGCUUUAAACCUGCAUAGAACAGAUCACUAUUGUGGGUUUUUAUCUCCAGCUUUUUUUAAACACUGUAUACUUAAUAUUGUGUGUUAUAUGUAGCUCAAAGUUUGGUCAGAAACAUCCCUCUUUAUAAAAGUCUAAUUUAACUUGCUCUCUGUCUGUAUUUAAUUUUUUGACAUAUUUCUGUUGAAACUCAGCAGAUGCAAACUUCUAAAUGAGCAUUUUUUUACAUAUAUACUGGAGAAAGCGGUCAGUCAUGGGAUGAGUGUUUUUCUUAAAAGUGGCUGUUCAAAAUGUAUUUGGGUUAAGGUUCUUUACCUGCCUAUGUAGUUUUGGCAGCAACAUAAUGUGGUUCUGGUUUGUCUUUCCAGUUCAAAUCUCCAUGCAAUAUGAGUCUAUUUCAAAGGGGUUUCACAUCCCUACCUAUAACCUGGUGAUAUGCUUGUUGUUCUUGUAGCUUGAGCUGCUUUUAUUCUGUACGCAAACCAAGAGUGGCAGGUCUUACCAUGGAGUAUUUGCAGUAUAACGGGGAUUGUCCUGGCAUCAUACUGUGAUGUUUUCCUAGGACUAUGCUGCCAAAAGCUGUUAGCAAGUGCAGAAAUGCAAGUAGUGGAAUAGCUGUACCUUCUGUUUUUUGGGGGGCUGUCUGUAAAACUUCACUGCAAUCAUCACUCUAUUUUUCUAAUUGUUAACUUCAGGUUUAAGGCUAAAGCAUGGAUAUGAAGGAACGGGCACAGCUGAAUCUCCACUAGGCAAUGCUGUGUUACACACCCUUGCAAAAGGCAGUGACAUGGAACAUUUUCUGGUGCUUGGGUUCACCAUUAUUCUUGCCCAGUUUUAACUACUUCAGUUGCUGUUGACUUCUGUUCACCACUACGCUUACCUUGCAUUUGUCUAAAAAACCCAUUCAGUCUCCUUCUCCCUCCUGUUCUUUCACUUGCCUUCUACUUGAAAGGUCCACUGUGCUUUACCAUGCUACUGCAACUCUUCCCAUAUGUUCCAGGGAAUUCUACAUUCAGAUGCAAUCAUGUGGCUGAGCCCACUCUGCCGCCAGUGUUUGUCACUUAUUCUGGGGUAGGGUAUGUACCUGGCAACAUGGCUUCCAAGACUGUGAGGGCAUCUAGGGUCCAGUAUACAGUGUAGAAUUUAAUGUCCCUUUUGUGUUUCUUCCCUGAAGGCAAAAUAACUACAUUUGGUGCUACAUACAAUAGGCCUUGGAUAUUUCAAGGGACACUUAAAAGCCUGUGUUGCCAACCAGAUUGUGUACCCAUAUUUCCCACCACCUUAGAUUAUUACAAAUAAUGACAAAUUUGAAUUCAGACUUUCUUGUUCCUGUCCACAUGCUUCAUUGGCUUGUGACUUUCACCUGAUUUGAAAAAUAAAGCUCAGUUCAUCUUUAGGUCCUAGAUGCAGUGUUUAGGCUGGAGUACACCGGGACAAAUAUUGGUCUAGCAUGUUUUCAUUUGCUGUUCAGCGUUUUGUUAUGCAUAUCUUUUUUUGAGUUUUAUGAAAGUGUGUUCUUAAACUGGACCCAAAGCUCUAGCUUUACAGUUGACAGCAUCCCUUCAAGAUGGCUUCGUGUCUAUUUUUAGAAUGGCACGAAACUUUUUUACUUCUACUUUUAAGAAAGUCCUUAAAAUGACCCAUGCUCAUAAAAGCCUAGACAACACAAUAACACUGUUUGUCUAUACCACAGCUUGCAGAGUCCCAGAGCCAUUUACUGUCCUGCAGUUUUUACACUGAAUUUCCCUUUUGUAGCUAUGGGGAUUUCCAUGUUGGAUCCAGGAUAUCAAAUGGUCACGUGGGCAGUGAUGGAGUGAGGCUGUUUUGUGCAGUAAAUGUUUGAGUAAAGGACUAAUAAAAUCUUUAUUUAUUGGGUUGAAUAAGAUUGCUAAUAAGAUGGCUUGCAUUAUCCAUCCAGAGAGAUGUUACCAAAUCUUCAACAAGGCUCCCAAGAAAGGCAAAAGGUUGAGCCCAUUGAGUUAUAUACAUGGAUGCCUUUAUAGUGGGGAUCUGUUUUUUCCUAUUCACUGUGUAUGUCAUUCCUACAGUCUUAAUGGAUGGUGUCCUGCCAAAUUUAGUAGAGUAUGCUCUUUUCCCCCUUCCUGUGGGUUGCUGACUAGUAUCCAAAGUCUCUGGAAUGCAGGCAAGGACUUUCUGGUUUGUUGAUUUGUUUUGAAGGAAUAAAGAAAGCUUUUCCAUGCAUAUGGAUCCUAGAUUCUUCUGAUGUGCCAUCUAGUGCCUCCUUUCUAGUAGCUCUCCCAGGUGCCAAUACCUCCUCAAUGUCCACUACACCAGCUCCUCUGUGGAGGAGGAAUCCUGCUCUACUCCAUGAACCCCUUGCUGCUACUGGUGCUAACAGCCCCUGGUGCAGGAGCUGGCCACUCAUCUCUGUCACUUCCCUCAUCUUUCUUGGCCUGGCAUUUCUCUGUUUGUUCUAGAUCUCUGUCUUCAUAACCAUCUGUGCAUCCUGAGCAUUCAUAUUUUCCCAAUGCUUUCUUUUCCUCGUGAAUGUAAAGGCAUAGUCUUAAAUCUUCUCUGGGCUUGACCAUCAGCAGCACCAGCUCUCCUGCUCAGUCUUCCUUGUAGGAAAAACUUGUAUUACUGGCAUAUUUCCCAUGUGAAGCUGAACCUUAAAGUGAAUCAUGCAUUUUCUUAGCAACUGUAUAAAUGUCUUAGAGAGAUUUUAUUACUGGAAUAAAGAUUCUCUUGAUAAGAGUGAUCACACGAGCAGUAGGGCAAAGUCAUGGAGGGGAAAGGUAGUUUUGGGGAAAGGAUUAGGUGAGAACCUGAUGACACGCUGCAGCAGGGGUACAAUUGCAUUUACACAGAUUUGUAGCUAUCAUUUCAUGUUCUAAUGGCCAAAAAGAGAGAGUUCAUUUGCAAGGCCAUUAUAUCAGAAGUGCCAUAUUUUGCUGGGUUGUCCUUCCAAGUCCUUUCUUCCUUCCUUUUCUGGCUCCAGCAUUGCCCCAGAAUCCUUGGUGAUGCAGCUUCCGGGGCACUGGCAUGUUUUUCUCCAGAACACAUGCUCAGUCUCCCUGCUCCAUUUGCUUUGUGUGCCAGCUUAGUGGUGCAAAGUUUGUUUUUAAACUCUCCUGCCACUGCUUCCUGCUUGUUCUCUUGGGGUUACUCUCCUUCCCCAAGGAACCUGUUUUCAUUUGGAACAUUGUCCUCCAGCCUUUCACCUUCUCUUAUCAUUUGAUCUUUAUUUUGUUUUGAGGAUUAUUGUCCAAGUCACUUGAGGGGUGGGCUGGGAGACCUGUCAUCAAGCUACCUAGAACCAUGUAGUUAUUUUACCUUUCAGCAAAGUAUUUUCCUUAUGUGACUCAAAGCAAUUUAGUACAUCUUAUUCACACUUCAGUCUACUCAUCCAGUCAUUCAUUCUUUUAACAAGUCUUAGACCACCUGUAAGUUUUCACCACAGAAUUAUUUUAAUGGAACAUGUAAGUACCAUGUUUAUGGUAUUUUUAAAAAAUAAUCUAUUGCCUAUUUUGGGGGAGGGGGAGAUGACAAAUAUUUAGUCUUAGAUUUGCACUGCUGGAUUUUUUUAAGUGUAACCUUGACUGGUUAUCCUGUUGUUUUAUUCUGUAAGAUUAGUCUUACGAAUUAAAGUUUGAUAAUUAAG